GCCCACUCCGCCUCGUUCUCCUCCACGCUCGCUCCUAUCCUCCCCCAUGCCGCCGCCCCCUUCCCCCCACUCGCCUCUGCCGCCUCCUCUCCUUCCCCGCACCUCUGGCCUCCCCCCUCCUCCCUCCUCCUCCAUCCUCCCUCAUUCGUCAUCACGGCAGACCAUCUCCCGUCACUUGGGCCCCAUGCUGGCGGCCGGGUCGGGGUGGAGGCGCAGCAGGGUUGCAGGGGCCCUACGUGUACUACCUCUACAGCCAGUACGGGUUCGACAAGGGCGACAUCGGCCGCCUCUUCAUCGCCGGCUUCGGCUCCUCCAUGCUCUUCGGCACCAUCGUCGGGUCGCUCGCCGACAAGCAGGGAAGUAAGAGGGCGUGCAUCACCUACUGCAUCACCUACAUCAUCAGCUGCAUCAUGAAGCACUCGCCGCAGUACAUGAUUCUGAUGAUUGGCCGUGUGCUUGGAGGCAUUGCAAUAUCGCUGCUCUUCUCGGCAUUCGAGUCGUGGCUCGUCGCGGAGCACAACAAGGGAGAGUUGACUGCUGUACAUGAGACCCAGGCGAAAAUGAGUGUGCUAGCGGAGGCUCCGGGGAUGCAGGGUGAUAGGGCCCAGUCUAUGCUCCGGUUGUGUUGUUGGGGAAGCUUCGGACGGGAUUUAGAUAAGGAAAAGGAGACCCGUGCGAAAUCGAGCGUCCUGGUGUUGGGACUGAUGAUCCGCACUUGUUGUCUAAAUGCAAAACAUGCGCAUUGCAGUGCUUUCUAUCAGUACCGACGACCACAAAUGGGAUGGAUCGAGCAACCAAGACUCAGAGUGUGGUUGACAGUGCGGCCUGCUCCCAACCCUGCAGGAGUGCUCAUGAGGAUGACGAGAUGAUACUGAACUCAAUUUCAGAAAUGGAAUUGGGGCCUGGGGUUUGGACCCCGCCCCUCAUUAGAAGUGCCCAGGCGGCAUGUCACAGUUUUUUGCUGAGAAUUUACUAAGAACAAUUUUUGCUUGUCUUUAGCAUGAGGCUAUAAGCCCUAUAGCAGUUCCAGUGUGAUGGUCUACCACUUGACUAGGAAGGGGGGAUUGAAAGAUAGCACUUGUCGUUUGGAGCAAUUAGUAUUGGAUAUUUGAGGAAGUAAAUGUUUAAACCACUAACCUUAUAUUCUUUUGUGAAAAUGUUAUGUGUUUUUUAAUCCAUUAGCAGAGUUAGUUUGUCUAAAAUAACUAACUAUCUGGAGUAAUAUGGAAUGAUAAAAAUUUCAGAACUAGAUGUAAAAUUUGAUGCGCCUGGCUUUGUUUAACUUGCAGUCUGUAUUUCUAAUAUCUUCUUUGUUGCCGAGGUUGCUUCUAGGUUUUAUUACUGUGGAUCUAAUUUAGAUAAUUUGUAAAUAAUCCUAUGUAGGAGUAUGCUCAUCUAUAAUAGUUGGGGAGGGAAAUCGUAUGAAUUACGUAUUUUGUCAAACAUUGGCAUUACUAUAUGCAUAAAUCUAAAUUAUUGUUCAUAAUGGAUUCACCACUGCUCUACAUAAGCUACAUUUGCUAUGUAUAUAAGCUGAAUUAGUAGCACUACUUCCUGCUUUCUUGCUUGCAAUACCAUGUAUUACCUCUUUACUUUGUUCUCCACAUUUUAAAUUUUGUCUUUCUUUGCAAGUAUAGUUGCCAACUUAUGGUCUGCAUUGUGUAUAACCGAAAUGAUUGUAGUUUCCUAAUACCAUUGUCUAUAACCGAAAUGAGUAGUUUCGUAAUACCAAAGCAUGUGCGCUCACGUAUUUGUCUCUUAGUGUUGCUGAAUGCAUGAAAAACAUGCCCAUGGCCAAAAGUUAAAAAAGUACGAGAAAUUGGGUUUUCAUUUCUCUUAGAAUUGUACAUGUUCAUGUUGUUGUCAUUUUUUCCGAAAUUUAGACAACUCUUUUUGCUUAAUAAUAGUUUACCGAUUUCAGUGCAUCCUAUAUAUAUAUAUGUUUUGACUGAUUGGUCGUCCUCUCAUUCGGACUUACUCAGUGUUGCAUUUGUGUGUUCCUUUAUCAUGCGCUGCUUACUUUUUGGUUGUGUGAGCGGGUUGUGUGUUGUUGUUUCCAUCCUCAUUUAGUAUGCUGAUGUUUUUAAGAUGACCUCUAUAUUGCUGGAAACUUAAAUUUUAGUUCAUACAUUUGAGCAGCUGACUAGAUUAAAAAAUAAUUUAUGUAAGAUUGAGGCCAGUUUAUUUGGUAAGGUAGAAGAAAAAUAGGAUGAAUACGCACAUGUUAUUACUGUACAAAGGCUAAACGCUGAAUAACACUGAUCGUUCUUUCCUGAGGUUGAGUAGGAGUGUAUCCCUUUUCCUAUAAUUAUGUCUCCGCAAUUGCCGAAAGAAUAGCUAGGUUCUAGAACAAACAUGCUAUGAAUAAUUGCAUUGUUACUUCAGUGAAAAGUUCCUGGGCAUACUAUGUGUUCCUCUAGACUUGGUUGAAAGUAUUUCUUUUGUUAUCUCUCACUAGGUACCUUUGUUGAUGAAUGUUGCCUACAGGUUAUAUAGACUCACAUGAUUACCUGAUGCGGAUUCUACAACUUGGAAAACACAUCUAGAAUAUUCAAGUUGUCUGUGGUGCCCUGGAGAAAGCUUGCUACUCCAAUAAACCACCUUACACGAGAAUCCAGAAUUGAUUUGUCAUUUCAUGUUUGCACUUUUAGAGUUUACCAACAACGCAUCAAGGACAAAGUGUGUCAUGGAUUCCUAAGUUCCAGCUAACAUAGCAAAAUUGUAUAGAGAGAAUACCCGCAUUUUGCUAUUACAUAGUUUGAGGCUAUGUUUCUUGUAAUUUUGAUUAUUAAAAGGAUAUCAUUGCCAAAUUAUCAAGCAUUUAUUUAUUUUCACAUAACUCUUGAUUUGAAAUGGGACCUUGCCCCAUUUGGCACAAUGAGUAAUGUUAUUAUAUGUCUUAUUGUAGACAGGAAGCCAACAUUCUUAUUGUAGACAACAAACCUUUGUUCUUUUUUUCGUUAAGAGGGGUUAAAUUUGUUACCAUAUGUGCUUGCCCACAACUAAACUAUGAAUUUUCUUUUCAAUGUACAUAUGGAGCUUGCCCACAACUAAACUAUGAAUUUUCUAUGGAUUCAAUGGGUCUCUGUGCCCUUUUUGGCGAUGGCACUCUUGCUCUAAAAAAAGGUUCUGUACCCAAUUUUAUUCCAUAGGUUCUGGGAGAUCCUUCAUGUAAAUGAUAGCAUGCAAAAAUGUCAUAUAUUUUGUGAUGGAGGGAGUAUUACUUAUCCAUGUUAACAUUGUGAAGGAUACGUUACAUAGGGGAGAAACUUUAUCACCAAAUAAAGGCUUUGAU